AUGGACAAGCAGAGGCUGCAGGACCCGAGGGGCAGCAGAACGUCCUUCCUCAUCGAGGACAUCCUCUUCAGGCCCAAGGCGACUCUCCCGCAGGUGGGCAGCAUGGGCCCGACGCUGAGCCGCGGCGCGGGCGUGAUGGAUCCCGGCUACCCUCUGCUGCCGGCCGCCUACCUGCACCCACACCCGUACCUGCACAAGGCCGAGCCCUUCUUCCUCACCCCAGGCAUGCCGUUCGGGCCGCUGCUGGCGGGCAGUGCGGGGGCGGCGGCGGUGGAGCUGUCAGCCAAGCACUGCCGGCGGCGCAAGGCGCGCACCGUCUUCUCGGACCAGCAGCUGACCGGCCUGGAGAAGCGGUUCGAGGCGCAGCGGUACCUCUCCACGCCAGAGCGCGUCGAGCUGGCCAACGCCCUCAACCUCUCCGAGACACAGGUGAAGACGUGGUUCCAGAACCGGCGCAUGAAACACAAGAAGCAGUUGAGGAAGCUCAGUGAAGAAGGCAAACAUCCGUCCGGCGAAUCUGCCUCUGACGGGCCCGUUGACUUCUCCUCGCGGCCGUCCACGGCGACGGCGCCCCAGCCACCGCACCAGCACCACCUGCAGGCGCAGUCGCAGCCGCAGGUGCCGCAGCACGGCACGCCCACGCUCAGCUCGUCUGUGUGCUCGUCUGACGACAGCGAGGACGAGAUCGACAUCGUGGGGCACGGCGGCCGCCUCUCGCCGCCCCCUGGCUCCUACACCAAAAAAUUAUCAACUGCUGAAAUAGGAGAUGCAACACUGUGA